AGUAAUUAUCCAUCAUCACUACAAUUGUAACAAUCACUACAAUGACUUUCAAUCCGCUCAAAAAAUUCACUUCCGCGUCUUCUGAUACGAAGUCCGUUGCUGCUACCGUUGAGACUGCCUCAACCCAUACCGUUGAUAAAAAGGCUCCUAUAAGUAAGAAGUCCUCUCCUACCAAGAAGACCACUUCUGAAGGGAAAGGAAAUUAUAGGGCUGCUGCUGAGUACUUGGCCUUAAGAUAGAUAGCUACUUCUGUGUUAAAAAUCAGCUGCUGCAUGUUUGUUCUUAGAUAGAAAAGGUGCUUCUGUGUUGCUACCUUGUGCAUCAAUGAUAUACGAAUAAUUAAUUUUUUUUGAAAUCCA